GAUGCUCGCUGUCCCAGUCAGUUACGAGUCUUCGCGUAGUUCUGUUCCCGACGUGUCUCCGCUGGAAAACAUAAAGCGUAACCAUUGACACGUAUUAAAAAAGGCUAUCAUUGAAGAUAAGCCGCAUCCGUGUUGCCAAAAGGGGUGCACCAGUCUUGCCAGUGCACACACGGGCUGUCUUCUUCGUGAGAGUGAGACGUAGGAGAGAAGAGACCGGAGCUAUGGAUACAAAAACGUUGGUCUGUCUGGUGAAGAUCGGGAACAUGGAUGGGGUGAGGAAGUUAGUUCGGCAGGGCACUCCUCUGGACUACCUCGAGGACCGCCGCUCGCCCCUCAUGCACGCAGCGGUAUCCAAGAAAGUGGGCAUGGUGCGCGAGUUGCUGGACAUGGGCGCUUCUGUUGACUUCACAAACGACGACGGCUUGACGGCCCUACACUACGCGGCCACCAGCGGGUCCCUGAAGGAGGCUGAGGCGCUGUUGGAUGCUGGGGCAGAGCUGGAGGGAAGGACCAACACAGGCAGAACACCGCUGGCUCUGGCGUGCCGCAAUGGACGUCUCCCCACGGCCAAGAUGCUGCAGGAGAGAGGAGCUGAUCCUAACGCGAGGGACAAUACAGGGUGGACGCUGCUCUUCAUGGCUGCCCGCGCUGGUUCCUUGCCGGUGGUUAAGUGGCUGGUGGAGGAGCUGGACGCCGACCCCCGCCCAGAAAUCAAUGGAAGAAACGCGGAGAAGUUGGCAGAGAGCAAGAAACAUCUGGAGGUGGCAGAGUACUUGAGGAACGUUCUCCGAAACCUCCCUGACCCAGUGAGUGGCGGAGCAGUCGGUCCUGCGAAGCUGAAGGUGAAGUAUGUCCAAAAUUUGGUCCAGCCGAGCCAUGAUAUUUACGACACCACCACCGACCCCCCAGGCCUCGUCCUCCUCCUCAACUACAGAAAAUUUUCGGAGGUCACUCAUCCGGAAAGGGAAGGAGCCGAGUACGACACUAUUAACCUCGUCAGCGUGUUCGAGCAGAUGGGUUACGAGGUUGAGAGUCACGAGAACAAGACGUGGGAGGAAACUAUCUGGUGUCUGAAAGAAUUUUCCGAGUCAGAACGUCUGAAGAAAGUUGGCUGCGCUAUCGUGGUAGUUUCUUCUCACGGAGGCAAUGAAAAGCGUUCCUUCUCCACUUCGGACUGCCAAGACGUGUCUGUCGACUACAUUCGCAACCUUUUCAUCGAAAAUCAGUGCAGGGAAGUGAGGGAGAUGGCUAAACUAUUCUUCUUCCAGUUUUGCCGUGGAGAUUUUUCCCCCGAAUAUCACGUCGAACUUCAAAUGGACAACUUGAGACGCGCAGCUCCAGAAAACAUCAUCAGUUUCUUCAGCGCCUCCGACGGGUUCGUCAGCUACAGGGCUCCGCUCAGAGGCAGCAAGUUCUUGUUAGUCCUGUGCGAGGUUCUGGCCGAGAAUGCCCAUGAAGAAUGCCUUGAUGAACUCUUCCGGGAGGUGCAGCGGCGAUACAGUAUGGAUGAGUUGCGUGCCACGCCGGAGAAGCAGGACCUCAACUUUAUGAAGAAAUUCUACUUUAAUCCUCGCCCCAGAGAGUGUUAGCUGGAGAGAUAGCCUCACCGAGUAUGGCUAUACUCCGGUUCCCAGCCCGUACCGGUUCAUUUACGAAACAUUAUCUGGGAUGGUCUUUUUUUCACAGCUCUUUGAGUGAGCUGACUUUUGGUUCCUGUGAGUUGCGAUGUGUAAAAUAAUUAAAGACGUAACAGAAACUCCAACAUUCACUUACAAUUAACUUAUUUGUUAAAUUGUCUACCUUAAUUAUUUGAUUUUAAUAAGUAAAAUCGUAUAUUACACAUUAUCCGUGUGUGACAUUAAUAUAUAUGAAUAAAUUUAGUCGAUAUGCACACAUCUUUCUGAAUUGUAGACCUUUACUAAUGCUGAUAUUUUACUCGUAACAACUGUACAUUCUUUUCCAUCCUUGACUUAAUUAAGACAGUCCCUCCUUUGAUAUACACUUUCUUUCAUAUCUGUAUAAGCUGCUAUAAAUGGUGGAUACAAGUAGGUAACCUAACUCCAACCACAAGUACUCUCCUAAAUGAAUGCAAUGAAAUACACUGAGGGCUAUUACGAACAUA